UGCUCCGCUCACGCCCGCUGCCUUCAGCAGAGCUGCAGAGACCCCAGGAGGAGGCAGCCGCACUGGGUGCAUCGAGAAGACCCUCAGUGGUGGCCAUGGCUGGCGAGGACCCCAUGCUGAGCACCAGUCACCCGUUCUAUGACGUGGCCAGGCAUGGCAUCCUGCAGAUGGCAGGCGACGACUCCUAUGGGAGGCGCGUGGUCACCUUCAGCUGCUGCAGGAUGCCGCCCUCACAUGAACUCAACCACCAGCGCCUGUUGGAGUACCUGAAGUUCACGCUGGACCAGUACGUGGAGCACGACUACACCAUCAUCUACUUCCACCACGGCCUCAACAGCCGCAACAAGCCGUCCCUGAGCUGGCUACAGAGCGCCUACAAGGAGUUUGACAGGAAGUACAGGAAGAACCUGAAGGCCCUGUACGUGGUGCACCCCACCAGCUUCAUCAAGGUCCUGUGGAACCUCUUCCGGCCGCUCAUCAGCCACAAGUUUGGGAAAAAGGUCACCUACUUCAGCUACCUGAGCGAGCUCCGGGAACACCUCCAGUACGAGUAUGACCAGCUGCCCAUCCCCCCGGAGGUGCUGCGGCAUGAUGAGAAGCUCCGCAGCCUGCACGAGGGGCGGCCGCAGCCUUCUGCCAAGACGCCACCCCCACGGCCGCCCCUGCCCACGCAGCAGUUCGGCGUCAGCCUGCAAUAUCUCAGAGAGAAAAAUCAGGGCGAGCUCAUCCCUCCGGUGCUGCGGCUCACGGUGACGUACCUGCGAGAGAAAGGGCUGCACACCGAGGGCCUGUUCCGGAGGUCGGCCAGCGCCCAGACUGUCCGCCAGGUGCAGCGGCUCCUGGACCAGGGGAAGCCCGUGAACUUUGACGACUACGGGGACAUCCACGUCCCGGCCGUAAUCCUGAAGACCUUCCUGCGAGAGCUGCCCCAGCCGCUGCUCACCUUCGAGGCCUACGAGCGGAUCGUGGACAUCACCAGUGUGGAGAGCAGUUUGCGCGUCACCCACUGCCGCCAGAUCCUGCAGAGCCUCCCUGAGCACAACUCCGCCGUCCUCCGCUACCUCAUGGCCUUCCUGCACACGGUGUCCCAGCAGAGCAUUCUCAACAAGAUGAACAGCUCUAACCUGGCCUGUGUCUUCGGGCUGAACCUGAUCUGGCCCUCCCAGGGCGCGUCCUCGCUGAACGCCCUGGUGCCCCUGAACCUGUUCACGGAGCUGCUGAUUGAGUACUACGAGAAGAUCUUCAGUUCCCUCGAGGCCCCCGGGGAGCACAGCCCAGGCAGAGCGGACACAGGCGGACAGGGUAGCCACCUCGUCAGAGGAUGUGGGGGCACAGAUCCACCGAAGCCCUCGCCGGGCCUGUCCGGCCUCCGUGUCCCCUGAUGGCAGCCAGGAGCCACCUCUCGCACUGGAAAUGUCCCAUGGAAGUCGAUGCACCUGUGUCCUCACUGUGGGUUUUGCAAACUUGUUAUCUGUUAUAAAAUAAGCAGCAUCAAAUGAACUCAGAAUCUUCCAGCAGAAAUUUCCGGCUU